AUAUCAACAUCUAUUUUCAUUUGACAAUCAACAAUCAUUCUCGUUUCAAUAAACAAUCAUGGGUUCCCCGCCUGAUGAGAAAUCCACCCAGACCGAAAUGCAUGCACAUCUUACCAUGGACGCCAAGUCUAGCAAAUCUAGCCGGAUGCGCACCUCCAAACUCUUUAUCGCAAUCCUCACUCUCCUAUCCCUCGCCGGUGCUGCCUUCUACUUCUACCAAAACGGUAUCCCCUUCUACCAAACCUCCACAUUAUCUCCAUCCUGGAACGACGAAUCCGAAUGGCCCACUCCCAAGAUCCCAGGCCCUGAACUUCCUGCCCCUGUUGAGCCAUUCGAGCCUCUCAAGCGCUACAGCCUCGACUACGGCAAGGUCGCCUGCUGGCAGGACGGCGGGGUAUGGAUCAAAGAGCUCACGCCCGUAGAGAUGUCCUCUCUGGGCAUCGAUCGCUUCCGGGACACGGCCCGCGCGCUCGAACAGGCGGACGAGGACGCAUUCUGCGCGCGCCUGCGCAUGCACGGCGCAAGUUUCUGGCAGCUGCCGCCGCAGUGGCCCGAGCAUGUCCACUGGUGCGACGCCAUGGAUGAGUGUGUGAAGCCGACGAAGAAGGUGAGCCUUGAGGUGGGCUUCCCGACGAGCGGUGGUGUGUGGAUGCUGGAUACGAGUCAGGGCUGGGAAGGAAUGUACCCGCAGAGUUUGGGCCUGCGAAAUGCGCUUACGAUGGAUGAGAGGUGCCAGGUUAUUAAGGAUCUAGGCGGACGCUUCUGUGAGGAUAUACAGGCGUGCCCGGAGAUGGCUGCUUUAUUAAGACCGUAGAGGGUAUGCAGGGCCCAGAGGCGACAGCUAAGUAGGGGGCGUCGCCUUCGAUCUCGCAGUACGUAAAACGGCGGUCGCGUGGCGUAGUGGUAAUGCGAUUGAAUUAGUUCCGUGCCAACAUUGAAAUUUUCAGUGGUCACUAUCAACAAACAAGCUACAUAAAUGAGGUUUUUUCGAACCUUUCACAUUUCGUCAAUUGAGC